GCAUACACACACACACAUGCAGCAGAUGUAACAGAAAAAAAGCUGAGGCCACAAUGGAGUGAAGGUUUUUUAAAGGAGAGAGGUCACAGGAGUGUUAUCAAAGAGAUUGUGUACAUCUACAUUUCCUGCUUUACCUCAUUGCUGCCUCCAUUAUGUCGCUGCUGACUCAUGUGCUGGCGUGCCUCUUCGGGAUGGGCUCCUGGGUGGCCAUCAACGGGAUGUGGGUUGAGCUGCCCCUUAUCGUACCUGAGAUCCCAGAGGGUUGGUACCUGCCCUCCUACCUCACAGUCCUCAUCCAAAUGGCCAACAUCGGUCCGCUAUUCAUCACCCUGAUGCACCGCUUCCGCCCUGGGGCGCUGGACGAGCGGCCGGUCAUCUACUGCAUUGUAGGGUUGGGUAUCGUUGCUACAUUCCUGCUGGCUUUCUUCUGGAAGCACACGGUGACGGUAGCGGGCUCUUUGCACAGUGUGGCCCUGUUGAUGUUAAGCUUCCUGCUUUCUGUGGUGGACUGCACCUCAUCAGUUACCUUCCUUCCUUUCAUGAUGAGGCUGCGUCCACAAUAUCUCACCACCUAUUUUGCAGGUGAAGGCCUCAGUGGUCUGGUGCCCGCACUGGUGGCUCUGAUUCAAGGUGUUGGCGUCGUCCACUGUCAGAAUGCCACUUUGACUGGGAACAAAACAGAUGACAAUUUGGUUGACAGUGGAAAGCUAGAAGCCAUCUACCAGCCGGCUAAAUUCUCUGCCCAGGUCUUCUUCGUGUUCCUCAGUGCCAUGAUGGUUGUGUGCCUGAUAGCCUUCAUUCUACUCAACCACCACCCAGCAGUCGCUCGGGAAAGAAACAAUGACCGGUACUUUGGUGGGGAUUUGGAGCGUGAGAAGAGAGAACAAGGGUUGUCCCUGCAUGCCCAGACACCAGAGCAGAAGCCAAUGAUCAGUCCCCUGGAGGCUGCCAGAAGAGAACCCAGGAGCUCUUUCGGGAGGGGGACAUACAGCAGCUUGGAGGUGAUGUUCAUCUUUGUUGUACUGGCUUGGGUCAACGCUCUGACCAACGCAGUCCUGCCCUCAGUGCAGUCCUACUCGUGUCUGCCUUACGGGAACAAGGCCUACCAUCUAGCUGCCACCAUGGCUGCUGUUGCUAACCCUGUGGCCUGCUUCAUCGCCAUGUUUGUGCCAAUAAGGUCUCUUGUGUUCAUGGGUUUUUUGACCACAUUUGGGACUGGAUUUGGAGCCUACAUCAUGGCUAUGGCUGCUCUCAGUCCCUGUCCUUUGCUGGUCUACAGUACUUCUGGAACUGUAGUCAUAGUGCUGGCCUGGAUCCUCUUUGUCCUGUCCCUUUCCUAUGUGAAGGUCAUCAUUGGAGUGAUUCUGAGGGACGAGGGCCACAGCGCCCUGGUGUGGUGCGGAGCUGUAGUGCAGUUGGGCUCCAUGCUCGGUGCUAUUUCUAUGUUCCCACUGGUCAGUGUCUACGGACUUUUUAAGUCAGGUGAUGCUUGCAACACUAAGUGUCCAACAUAGACGGUAAAUCUGUUUAAGUUAAACACUGCUGUACGAAACUCAAAUAUAAGUUACAUUGUUUUAGUCGCACUGAUCUUCUUGCAGUCGUGAGUUUUACACACACCAGCUUGUUUUCUGAGAAGUUUAAUGUAAUCAUCUACCACAGUACCAGCCCUUGUUUUUUUGUUUUGUUUUUAAUAUUUAUGCUUUAUACAGAUUGCUGUAUUUAUUGAUCUAUGGCGUAGGCUCCACACAAAGCUGAAAAUACAUCUGUACAUCCUGACAAUGUCUCAGACCACAAAAGACCAAAACGAAAUAGUAUUUUUAGCACUGAAUAUGUUACAGUUCCUUAUCAAUUCAGAGCUCAAUGACAUUUUACUUGAACUUUUAACAUAUUGUGAAACGAUAAUUGAUUGAUUUUGCUUUUAUAAGGACUAAUGGUACUUCUGGCUUUAAAAUGUGCCUUAAUUCUAUACAAAACAAAGACUUGUGCUUUCUUUGUGUACAAGGUUGUUUAAACAGCAUACCUUGCUUUGUACUGUAUAUGUUGCUGUAGUGGAGAAACUGUUCAACAAUACCAAAUAAAAUGUUUGUUUUAUUGUUGCCUACACA